AUGAAUCCACAAGAAAGAAAAUUAACUCUACCUGCCUUUCUCAAAGUCCUCACCAGCAAUGAUGUACCUGUCCCUAAGGCAAUGGCAGUAGCCAGUAAAGUGUACAAGCAAUUCCAUACGCCUAGGCUCCUUGCACAACUCACAGAUGCGAAGCUAAUUGUAUGUAACGUGGAAGACAAGGAAACGCGAAAAAUUGUGCUAGCUGCGAUUCGGAAAGCGGGGUACACUGCGCAGUCCUCAGGUGCUAAACAGAAACAGAAAAGUGACAAAUCCAGGGGUUUGGAUGAGCAGCCCGUAGCAGGUCCGUCUCAACCGAGGGUCGCGAAUACAGUGCAGCUCUUAACCACGCCGACUAAGCGGAAAAGAAAAUGGGACGACGAUUUAAACGAGCUCCUUCCAGAUGGACCUCCAGAUGAAGCUGCUGCAUGUGGUAGCUUGGAGUUCAAUGAGGUAUUGGAUGAGGCGGUUCUUAAGAAGAAGUCUACAGUUGUGAAUCGGGCGCCGUUGAUGACAGCCUGGGCAACUGUUGUUGCCGAGCGCUUAGGUAUUGCAUCCGUUUAUACGGAAAUGAAUGCAAUAUCAAAGGGCGUGUCCUUGGGUCUCUUCGAUGAAGCACGGAAGAAAGAGAUAGAGAUUACCAAGGGUAGUACACAACCUUAUGUUGACUUACUGGGAAGAAGACACUUGUAUCAGACACAGAACGAGACAUGGCGUGCUCUCACCAACACCUCACCUGCACUCCCCAGCACAGCAUUUUCAUACAUAUCUCGUGCGUUUCGACAAACAACUCCGUACGUCAUCGGCGCCCUUCGCUUGCUGGCCGAAAGCUUCCCACCGCAAGAACUUAAUACCAAAGGUUUCGGAUUGUAUGCCGAGUUCAGACCUGAUGUAGACGGGUGGGGUAAACGCGGCGAGGUACGCUGCGAACGAAUUUUAUCAUUGCGCAAGAAGGAUAGAAGCGCUAUCGCUGAGACCACUGCGAAAGGUGAAGUUGUGAAGUUGGAAGUCAAUGGUGAUUUGAGGGCGGCUGAAGUUGCAGGUGGGACACAAUCUGGUACGUCUGAAGGACCGGAACACAAGAAGGCACGAACGAUGACGCUGGAGGAGUACGAAGCUGCAUUGGACCAGGAUACCACAUUUGAUGAUGUAGAGCUCAACUUUGAAUCGUGA